AUGGACGACGACUCCUUCUUCCUCUACGGUAUUGGCGAGAAACCGGAUGCCCUGACUCUCGGUAGUUUGGUACUGGAGAAGUACUGGAUGCCCCUCAUCGCGCGGCAUUACACACAUGAUCCACUCCGAGGAGAGAAACUAGAGUCCCAUGCCUGGACAAGUAAACUCAACAACCUCGUCCUCCACGGCCGCACGCGCUUCACCCCAGGCAUCGGCGUAAGCGGCUUCGACAUUGUCGAUUUGCGCCUCGCUUGGAACAAAGAUCAGGAGCGCUAUGUGACUGCCAAAUCAGGGCAAAAAUUAACCCUAAAAGACCCAGAAACAUUCCUAACAACCCAAGUCCUAUCCAACCCUCAAGCCCGCGCCACCCUAAAACUAUGGCUCUCCUCCGCCCGCAGCGACUACGUAAUGAACAUGCGGUGGGCGCGGCGACCCAAAAUCUGGUUUCUCACGGGCCUUUACAUGCUCUCAGACGCACACACAAUCGUCCGCAAAUCGUCUUCGUCUAGCAUCGACGUCGGUCUCAGUUCUGCGAUUGUCGGCGCAUUGAGUGGUGUUCCCGUCGGCGGAUCGGUCUCGUUGGGACAGGGCGAUGCGUGGGAAAUGGCCAUGGGGAUGGAAGGGGAGCAUGUUUGGGCUGCGCAGUACCGUCUGCUGGACGCGAAAUAUAUCUCUGCCUCCUCCUCAUCGUCGCUGAGGAAGGACGUGGAGGUGGCGACUAUGUCGUUGUAUAAGGAUAUCCUGAGCGUGCGGAAUAGACGCACGGCGAGUCAGAUUGCGAGAGGUGCGGUGGAUGUGGAUGUUGAGUUGGGAUUGGAGCCGUUGGUUGAUACGGCGGAUGUAGUAGUUGCGGAGGAUGCGGCGCCGAUGAAUCGGACAGCGGAAGUCGUCGCUCUUGUUCCGCAGGAGGACAACGAAGCGAACGCUGCUGAAGAAGAUGAGGAAGAAGAUGAAGCGUCGUUUGAGGAAUAUGAAAAGAGACUUGAGGAGGCUAUCCGGAUGUUUGAGGUUGCGCCUCCGCGGUUUCUUGAGCGGUGA